CACGGCUCCCAAUGCUGGAGAGGAAAGCAUUCAUUCACCGGGGGAGGAGAGCGAGAGGCUGAGAGGCAGAGGGAGGCAGCAGAGAGGAGAGCAGCCCGGCUCAGCUCGGCUCGGCUCAGCUCAGCCCGGCUCAGCUCUGCCCAACUAAACACAGCAGCCUCCCCACAGCCCGUCCCCCGGCUCUCGGUGCCCUGUCCCCCGGGCUCCAGGUCUGUCGGAUCGAAUCACAAUGGUGACCAAGGCGGAGAUCAUGUCCCCCCUGCUCUCGGAGCCUCUUUACCAAUCGGUGGACAGCUACCAGAAGCUGGAAGAUGUGAUGAUGACGGGAACACUGGUGACAGCCUCCACCGACCAGCCUUUUUAUGGGGAACCCCUGGAACAAUUCGAGCAUCUGUCAGCAGAUACAUUUACCGAUAUUUCACCAGGCGGUGAUAAAUCCCUCAUCGAGACUUAUUCGACCCAGAACUGCCGCCUUCCAUCAAUCGCCUAUACGGGCCGAUUCUCAUUGGAACCUGCUUCUGGCAACAACAGUCUUUGGCCCGAACCACUCUUCAGCCUUGUCAGUGGCAUCGUCAGUAUGAGCGCCCCUUGCUCAAACUCGGCUUCCUCCAGCCAGCCCAUCAGCGGUCCUGCCCAGCAGAGCGACUCCACUGCAAUCUACUCGGCUCCUGCAACUUUCACUAGCUCCAACUCGGAUAUCUUCACAGGCCAGUCUGACGGCUUCGCGAGUGCCAGUAACCCUAUCCAGUACCCGUCUUACUCCAACACCAAGAACUGCAGCACUAACUUCCAGCUGCCCAUGAUUCCGGACUAUUUGUUUUCACAGCAGGAGGAGAUCACCAUGAACAAUACUGAACAGAAACCUUUUCAGACACUGGGGCCCAGGGCCCAACCUUCCCUCAUCCCACUGUCCACCAUCAAAGCCAUCGCCAACCAGAGCAGCUGUCCGGAACCCAAGAACACUAACACUUACCACUCCCAACUCAUCCAGCCGUCCAGGCUGAGGAAAUACCCAAACAGGCCCAGCAAGACCCCUCCCCAUGAGCGGCCGUACGCCUGUCCCAUGGAGACUUGUGACCGUCGUUUCUCCAGGUCUGAUGAACUCACUCGCCAUAUCCGGAUCCACACUGGUCAGAAACCCUUCCAGUGCCGGAUCUGCAUGAGGAACUUCAGCAGAAGCGACCACCUCACCACUCACAUCCGUACACACACCGGCGAGAAGCCGUUCGCUUGCGAAAUCUGCGGUAGGAAAUUUGCCAGAAGCGACGAGAGGAAAAGGCACACCAAGAUUCACCUGAGGCAGAAGGAGAAGAAAGCAGAGAAGGCCAUGUGUAUCUCCAGCUCCAAUACUCCGUCUGCAAUCUCUUUCCCAGCUCCAAUAACUAACGCAUAUCCCUCUGCAGUAGUCAGUACCUCCUUUGAAUCCCCAGUCACUAACACAUAUCCCUCAUCAGCGGUCAGCACUUCAUUUGAAUCCCCAAUUACUAACUCAUAUCCCUCCGCACAAGUCAACACCUCCUUUGAAUCCUCAGUAACUAGCACAUAUCCCUCUGCAAUAGUCAGUACCUCCUUUGAAUCCCCAGCCACUAACACAUAUCCCUCAUCAGUGGUGAGCACCUCCUUUGAAUCCUCAGUAACUAACACAUAUCCCUCUGCAGUAGUCAGCACCUCCUUUGAAUCCCCAACCACUAACACAUUUCCCUCAUCAGUGGUCAGCACUUCAUUUGAAUCCCCAAUUACUAGCACAUAUCCCUCUGCAAUAGUGAGCACUUCUUUUGAAUCCUCAGUAACUAACACAUAUCCCUCUGCAAUAGUGAGCACUUCUUUUGAAUCCUCAGUAACUAACACAUAUCCCUCUGCAAUAGUGAGCACUUCUUUUGAAUCCUCAGUAAGUAGCACAUAUCCCUCAACAGUAGUGAACAACACUUACCCUUCAGUGACCUCACCACCCUCUGAGAUGCCAUCCACUCUAACACCAAGGACAAUUGAGAUCUGAAGUUGUUCAGGUCUCCAAUAAUGGACAUGUUUUAUAUAAAUAAACUUCACGUUGCUAUUGUGUACUUGUGUCAAGCCUUCCCCCACUCACUAUUCUGCAGGUACUGUUCAUGUGAAGAUUGUUUAAUGGAGUGGGGGGAAGCAUUUGCAUAUUCCAUCCUGUAUAUUUGGAGUUGGCAGGGCAUUUGGUAAAUGUUUCUAUUGUGCAAUGCUGUUAUCAGUUCCUUCUAAACAAAACAAAAUGCACUUGGAAUGCAGUGAGGUGGCAGCAUGUGCAGGAGAUAUUCUUCAUUCUGUGGAGGUCACCUCAGUACUCCCAUGUGGCAGAACCUGCUUGUCUUUCAGUUGGUUUUAAAGUUAUAAGAAGUCGGCGUGCCUUUUACGUGUAGCUUGCUGACAUGUGUGUCUGUUAGUGGAUGCACUGCAUCAAAGCCUUAAAGGAGAAAGGGGAAGGAUGAUCAUUAAAGGCACUUUGUAGAUGGAGGGAAUAUCAGAAGGAAGGGAACAAGGGAAGAAAUGCCAAAAACAUUUCUUUCGAAUGUAAGCAAAAAAUAUCUAAAAGUAUAUUUUUGUAAUCUAAGUGUAAAUAGAUUCAGAGCCCGGAUGUUACUGUUACCUACUGAGUAGGCCUGUAUUUUUUUGUAUGUUCUCAACAUGCAUUUCACCUGGUGGAUACAUUUCAACGUAGUGUUUGUAAACGGAGCGCCUGACUGUUCUCGCUUCUUACACAUUGGAAUGCGCUUUACUGCCUAUUGGAUAUUUGGUGUACAAAUAUAUCCUUGAGGAAAAAAGCAAAAUAAAUCUUCAAAAGAUUGAUCUCUUAA